AUGCGCGGCGCCAGCAUCCUCAAGGCUACCGACGACAAGACCAGACCGCUAAACAAGCACACGUUGUUGGCCUUCUCCGGCGAGGCGGGAGACACCGUCCAGUUCGCAGAGUACAUCCAAGCCAACAUCCAGCUGUAUUCGAUGCGUAACGACACCGACCUUGGCCCGUCGGCCGUCGCGAGCUUCGUCCGGGGCGAGCUUGCACGAGCCCUGCGCUCGCGGAGACCCUACACCGUCAACCUACUACUCGGCGGCCUAGAUCCCAUCAGCGACAAGCCGAGCCUCUAUUGGAUCGAUUAUCUUGCCGCUCUGGCGCCCGUUCCGUACGCUGCGCACGGCUAUGCUCAGUAUUACUGCCUUUCCAUCCUCGACAAGCACCACCACCCGGACAUUUCCCUAGACCAGGGCAUGAAGAUCUUACGUAUGUGCUCGGACGAGCUGAAGAGGAGGCUGCCCAUUGAUUUCAAGGGCCUGGUUGUCAAGGUCAUCACCAAGGAAGGCAUCAAGGAGGAGGAAUUCAACGACGAGGCGCCCGUCUUCCCUGCGUAA